CUCGACUCCCCGCGUCCCUGCCCUGCCUGCCUGCGCUCGUCCGUCCUCGACAGCCUGGUUAUGGAAAUGAGCCCAAAGUCGGUUUAAUCAGGAGGGGGAAGAAACGGAGAGACGGCGGACCGUGUUGCCUAGCGGGCGGGCGAGCAAAGCAGAGCGAGGCGAGAGAAGGAAGGGAAGGGAAGAGAAAGAGCAGCCACAAAGCUCCGGCAGCUCCUCAAGCCACAGUGGAGUUAAUCAAGUUGAUGCGUACCGCUGCAGGUUAUGAGGACAGCAGGAUGGAGUUCCCCGACCACAGCAGACAUUUACUCCAGUGUCUGAGCGAGCAGCGGCACCAGGGCUUCCUGUGCGACUCCACGGUCCUGGUGGGCGAUGCCCAGUUUCGAGCGCACCGCGCCGUCCUGGCCUCGUGCAGCAUGUACUUCCACCUCUUCUACAAGGACCAGCUGGACAAGCGGGACGUGGUGCACCUCAACAGCGACAUCGUGACGGCGCCCGCGUUCUCCCUGCUGCUGGAGUUCAUGUACGAGGGCAAGCUGCAGUUCCAGGAUCUCCCUGUAGAGGACGUGCUGGCGGCCGCCUCCUACCUGCACAUGUACGACAUCGUCAAGGUGUGCAAGAAGCGGCUGAAGCGGAAGGCCACGGCGGAGGCGGACAGCACGCGUAGGGAGGACGACGGCGGCUCCAGUUGCUCCGACAAGGCCGACAGUCUCUCGGACGGCUCGACGGGGCGACCCGCCACCGCCGACCUGCUGCACAGCGACGAAGAGGAGGAGGGGAAGAGUGAGAGAGCACCGCUAUGGUUGCGGACGCCGGCCAUGGCCACGACCAGCCCGGGUCACGCAGAGGCGGAGCCGCAGGCCGGCGAGGGGCUGACGGAAGGCACCAAGCGGAUGUCUCCGGCAGGAAGCCCUUCCAGCUCCACAGGAUCGCUUUCCCAGAAGUCUCACCGCUCCGCAGGCUCCCGAGGACACCGCGGCAGGCGGGUGUCCAACGAUACCGCCGACUGCGUCCUGGACCUGUCAGUGAAGCCGACAUCCGGCAGUAACCACGGCAACCACCACCCGACGUACUUCAGCGGUGCAGCCACACCGGACAGGCUGCAAAGCCCGCUAGCGGUGAGGGUGAAGGUGGAGAGGGGUGUGGCUUCAGACGAGGAAGAGGACCUAAGGGGCGGGGACUAUGCGAUGGAGCACAGCGGCAUCGCCAAAGCGACGGUUCCCAGCACCAACGGGGGCUUGAGCCACCACGGGGUCGGGGGUCCUCUGUCGGUCCAGAGGAGGCUGGGCUUGGAAGCGCACCUCUCCGCCCUGCGAGAGGCGUCGCUGGCGUCCGAGCUGGACCGUGACGAGAAGCCCCCGGCGGCCGCCGACAACGAGGACAUACUCGGGGGGGAGAGCGAGCGCACGCAGGCCGACGCGGCCAGCAUGGACAGCACGCUGCUGCCGUACGUGUCCAACAUGCUGUCGGCGCCGCACACGCAGAUCUUCAUGUGCCCGCUGUGCAACAAGGUGUUCCCCUCGCCGCACAUCCUGCAGCUCCACCUCAGCUCGCACUUCAGGGAGCAGGAGGGCAUCCGCGCCAAGCCCGCCGGCGACGUCAACGUGCCCACGUGCACCAUCUGCAGCAAGACCUUCUCUUGCAUGUACACGCUCAAGCGCCACGAGCGCACGCACUCCGGCGAGAAGCCCUACACCUGCACCACCUGUGGCAAGAGCUUCCAGUACUCGCACAACCUCAGCCGCCACGCCGUGGUGCACACGCGCGAGAAGCCGCACGCCUGCAAGUGGUGCGAGCGCCGCUUCACGCAGUCGGGGGACCUCUACCGCCACAUCCGCAAGUUCCACUGCGAACUGGUCAACUCGCUGUCGGUCAAGAGCGAGCCGCUAGCGCUGCCCAAUGUCAGGGACUGGGCCAUCGAGGACAGCUCGCAAGAACUGUGGAAGUAGAGGCGUGCGAGCGGGGUCCUUGCCAACAUUUAGGGGGUCUUUCAGUGAGUCAUCUUCUUGUUUGUUGCAAAAAUCUCAUUCGAUUGCACUUUAAUAGCACAUGAAAAUGUUACUACUGAGUUUUUCAUCAAGUACAAGGGGUUUCAGUUGUAGUCUGGAUUUUAUUCAGAGAAAGCUCCGAGAAGGUCUUGCUUGUUUGAAUUUUUUCAAUUUAAUUUUAUUAUUUAACUUUUUUUUGUGUUUCAUCUCACAACACUCCGACUCGGACCGACGCCACGCUCCUCAAGAACAAAAGCAUUAUGAUACACUAAACGGGUAUCACGAUACCGCCACACACACUUUGAAGAAGUGUGUGCGUGUGUCUGUGUGUGUGUGUGCGCGUUCGUGUGUGUGUGCACUCUCUACUACGCCAACACCUGAUGUGCACGUGUGUGUGUGUAUGCGUGCGCGUGUGUGUGUUUAAUUAGAUGUUUCACUGGCACGGAGGCGCAGCUAGCGUCGUGGUGCGUUCAGGGCGAGUCGAGCGACUGACAAACUGAUGGCACUCAUGCAAUGCACAGCCUCUUUUUUUAUUUUUGGUGAUUUUUUUUACUUUCAAUCAAUUUGAAGUAUUUUCUAAACAUUAAAAAAAUAUUCUAAUAAUUAUUAUAUUAUUGUUAUUAAUUAAUACAGUAGUUUUUCUGAAAUCUAGCUGGCAGUCUUUUUAAAUUUGUUGGAAAAGUAUUUAAUUUAAGGUUGUUGUAUAUUGUUAUAGUUUUAAAUCUUUUUGAAAAAAAUUUUUUUUAUACUUAUUAUUGUUAUAAUUCUAUUUUGUUACAGUUUUAUUUUAUUUUUAACAGGACCUGCUGUUGCAUGACGUUCAAACAUGUAUAGUUUAAAAUUAAAAAAAAAAAAAAAAAGGAAAAAUAUGUGAAUUUGCAGUGUUACUGUACUCAUCGUUAUUGAUCAAAUAUUUGACAAUGGGCUCCUUUUUAUUUAACAAACAUGAUUUUCUUUGUGAAUACUACUCCAGGGUGACGUCUGUUGCAAAGCUGACUAUGGUGGGUGGGGAGGGGCAUGCAUGGAUUCAAGUGUUGUUGUCCUAAAAAGUUGGGGGGGGGCGGGGAAUUUAGCUUGACAGUGAACAUCUUGGAAAUGUGAUGAAGCUUUUGAAGUCUGUCUAUGUGCACUGAGUGUGUGUGCGUGUGCGUGUGUGUGUGUGUGUUGUCACCCGUCAGUGUGGAAGUUCUUCAUCCGCCCAGCACUUCUUCGGUUUAACGUUGUGCAAUCAUGGGCGUCCUCGGAAGGCUCUGGAGGUCUGACGAGGGCGGUCACAUGACGCCAACAUGGCCAAAGGAUGAAAAAGGGUCUGUCCUGCUGAAAUAAAGUCAAAUGUGUGUGUGUGUGUGUGUGUGUGUGUGUGUGUGUGUGUGUGUGUGUGUGUGUGUGUGUGUGUGUGUGUGUGUGUGUGUGUGUGUGUGUGUGUGUGUGUGUGUGUGUGUGUGUGUGUGUGUGUGUGUGUGUGUGUGUGUGUGUGUGUGUAAGCACCUUUUUAAGAUAAAAAAAAAAAGACCUGAUUAUGAGAUAUUUGCAGGAAAAGAAGCCUUGGACUUAAACAUUUGUAACUGAAAAAUGUCUUGCUUCCAUUUUUGGAUCAAAAAAUUGGUGAAUGUUUUUUUUGGGCAGGGACGGCGCCUGGUUUUUAUGUAUAAAUUCAAGCGGUGUGGAAAUAUUUUCAAACAAGCGUUUAUACAAUCCAAAAAAAGGACUUGCUGAAUGUGUGCGUGUGUGUGUGUGUGUUUCUCCAUCCAUGACCCACCCUGCUGUUUGCAUCAUCACUACUACUGUUUUUUUUUCCUUUCUAAUAUAUUUCUGGUUGUACUUGACCGCCUUAAACUGCUGUAGUCCAGGCCGAUUAUUUUUCUCUUUUUUUCUGUUUAUUUUAAUUCUAUUUGUAAUAAUUUAUUUCCGGAGCAUGAGUGACGUCGAGCGCUCUGGAGGCUGUGAACUAUAUAACCACACUUAUUUUAUUUUUAUUUUUUUUGCUGUGUUUACUUGAAAACAAGUGUGUGUCUGUGGGGCGUGAGAAUAGUUGUUUUAAUUUAAAGAAGGUAUAAAAAUGUCUCAGACCGUUUGUGGGGAAGGUUUUAAAAGUGACUGUUUCUUUUUAAUAAAAAAAAAAAAAAGACAAUCACCAUCAAACAAGCAGAUUUCUUCAAAUGUAUUUGCUCCCUGCUGAGAUUAAAUACUUUCAACUUUUUUUUCUUCUUAAUUUAAGUCAGAUAUAGUCAUUUUUAGCUUUGACAAUCAUAGUUUGACUUAUUUUUGUGGUUGUUUUUCUCAAGGGGAGCGAAUUCCAAUUGUGUUUAGUUUUGUAAUUUCCGGUGUGCUGUUGUUGACAUUUUUAAAUUGUGUGCAAACUGCAAUAAAUUAUAAGAUUCUUGACAUUGGA